AUGCGCUUCCUUCUUGCGCCCUCGACACUUCUCUACACCACCCUCCUCAUCGCAUCACGGAAAGCGUUUGCAAAGCCAUACCCUCGCAGCGCCGACACGGAAGAUGUCAUACAGCUCCAAAACAGCACGCUCGCCGCACGCCAGAACUGCGCGAACCCGUGUGGCUAUUCAGGCCACCUGUGCUGCGCCGCCGACCAAUACUGCUACACAGACGCGAACCAGCAAGCGCAGUGCGGCAGCAACGCGGUGACAGCAGCCGGCGGUUACUGGCAAUACUACACCAGCACGUUUGUCCAAACCGGCCUCGUCACUCGGACAGAAGUCUACAGUACCUACAUCGUCGGUGGGGUCGUCGCUGCCGCUCCAACCACGACCGCGCCGGCGCAGGCCCCGGCCUGCAAGUACUACCUCAACGAGACCCCUUGUGGAACCAUCUGCUGCGCCGGGGGACAAUAUUGCUUAAGGGAGGGACAAUGCGCGGCUAGCGGGGCUGGCAGCUCAGGAGGUGGUGUGUUCAUCACGCCCGUCUAUUCGGCCCCGGUUCGACCCACGUCCUCGACGCUGAUCGUUGUCACAGCGACCGUCUCGCCAACUACGACUGUUCCCUUCGAGACGCCUAUUGCGACGGGCGCCAAUGCGACAAUUAGCACGACGAGUGCGCAGGCGUCUACCAGUCUCAGUGGCGGUGCCAUUGCUGGCAUCGUCAUCGGCGUCAUCGCAGGCAUUCUCUUGCUCACUCUCCUGUGCCUCGCCCUCUGCGCCCGUAGUGCACUCGGUGCCUUAGGAGGCCUCUUUGGCGGAGGGAAGAAGAAAGGACGACGAGAAGAGGAGGUAUACAUCGAAGAGCACCAUCACCACGCCGGCGGCGCAUCAGGGGCCGGAGGUCGAAGAUGGUACGGUGACCGCCCAGGCCGCGUUGAGAGGCCGCCCCCGAAGAAGAAGAGUAGCGGAUUCGGCAACUUAGGCGCCAUUGCGGCUGGUUUAGGCGGCCUCGCGGUGGCAUUGGGUUUGAAGAGGAAGUACGAUAGACGACACGAUGAGAAGAGUAGUGCGGGCACUUACAGCGAGUAUACCUACAGCAGCGAUUACACAAGUUCAAGUGAGUAA